AUGUCCCGGCUCCCUCGGCAUCUUUUGCUUGCGGCACUGUGCUGCACUUCAGGCGAGUGCGGUGAGACACUCGAACCACUGGUGUGGGAUGAUGCUUGCGUGGUGAACGCAUCUUUAGAGGAUUGUGGCACUUCUUUGCGCCAGCUCCGUGCCUCGACGAGGGGCAGGCCGAGGAGUCCUGCCGGUGAGCGCUAUCUCGAGCUCGUGGACACUUUCCUGGAGCGCCAGCCACGGCAGUCAUUCUUAAAGAAUGGCGCAGGUCUGCUGCAGACCUUUGGGGCCUCCCUGGGGGGUGGUGACUGCGGCGACCUGUGUGCGCUGCCUGCCCCUUGCCCGGAGUUCGGCGUCUCCAAGCGCUGCCGAUAUGAUGUCUACGACAACGCCGUGGCUGCCAUCUACCUGACGAAACGGGGCAAGCUCGUCGCCGCGCGGGGCAUUCUCGAUGCGUUUUUGCACUUGCUCUAUCCGCCGCAGGAAAUCCCGCAUCUGUCCUUCGGCGAGCGUGACGGCUUGCCCUCAGGCAGAUGGCUGACACUCAUCGGCUCGUCUUACACUCACAAGGAGGUGAAGGCGGGCAGCUACUACGGCAAGCAUGUUGUGGACGGCGGCGUCGACACAGGAAACAAUGCCUGGGUGGCUCUGGCACUAGCGAACUUUGCUGCAGCGUCGGGCGAGCAGUGCUACUUGGUGGCCGCACACGACAUCCUGAAAGCGCUGAAGCGCACGGCCGUGUGCAAGGACAAGCUGCUGGGAUUCAUGGCCAAGCUGAGGCCGUACCCUGCAAACUAUCGCUCGACCGAGCACAACAUCGACAUGUACGCCUUGGCAAAGGUCCUGGGUGACGAGGACGCUGCCAACCGCGCCCGCGUGUUCGUCCAGGAGAUGUUUGGGUACAACACAAGGUAUCCGCAGUCCUUUGCCAUGGGCACCGAUGGUGAAGUGCCCUGCGAUGUCACGUUCAUGAAGACAGCCGUACCUGCAGAUGGCGUGUUCUGGAACUUGUUGGCCGGAGCAGAGCCCGCCAGAGAGCGCAAGACAGCGGCGGUGGCGGCCGCGCUCCAGUCCAUAGAGGACGAGGGCCUCCUCACCUGGGACGAGGAUGUCAUUGGCAAUGCGACCGGCAGCCGUGCAGAAAAUCUGCGUGGCAUGCGCUUUACAAACUGGGGCAAUGGCGUUCAGUGGGAGAACACAGCAGCUGCGGUGAUGGCAUUGCUCGAAUCGCACAAAGAGUUCGACGAUGGCUUGUCGGAUGUAGAUGUCCAUGAAGAGAUCGGACGCAUGCGGCAGUCUCUUCUUACCCUGUUGGACACGUAUGGUGCAGUUCCUGCUUCCGUGCUCGGUGGCAACAUUCAGGCAUGGAAGAAGAAUGAGCAUCAUCGGACAUUCCCUGGUGGCAGCGACACAGGCAUAGGUUGGACCUACUACCGCUACCCUCACGUUGCCGCAACUGCUUGGGCCGGCCUUCUGCUGCUCUACCAGUUCGACAACGAAACCCAGGUGAAUGGGAAUGCCAACCCGUACAGCCCGCCAGACCCGCCGUUGCCCAGGAUGCCCAGCGUGUCGGACUUGAGCUGCCUGGCUCGAUGA